UAAAUCCCACCCGGCUAUGGCUGUCCUUCUGUCUAGAUUCUAGAGUGAUUUGCCUUAUUUGAUUGUCUUGGAGACAUUGUGAUUCUGUAGGAGUCACUGGCCCCUUCUAGAAGAAGGCUCAUCUCUAAAAUGCAGGCCUCUGCUUAUCUGAAUCUUAAAGCUAGAGGCAGUUAGAGUGGUGUCUCAUUUUUCUCUCCCCGCUAAACCCAAGGAGCACUUUUUUCCUCUUCCUGUCACAAUCUCAAGGAUUCUGCCCAAAAAGCAGGUGCAAAGCCCUGUCUAACCCCUCCGGUUUCCCUGAGCCCAUUGCAUAACAGUCUCCUGUUUUAAACUUUUGCCAAAUCCUACACUUCUCACUGUCGGAGGUUACCACAAGUGUUUGAACAGGUGUGGUCCCGACUCGGGCGCUGAGGAAAGGCAUCAUCACUAAAGGAAACGUCCGGACUCAGGAGGCUGAAUGUGGUGCUGAACGAGUACAGCCAGCUGUGAGGGCCGCGUCUCCUGGACCCCGGAAGUGAGAGUAUUCUUACAAGAAGAAAACUCCAUGUGCUACAGAAGAGUAAACUGGAGUAAGGAAAGGUGAAAACUCCUCAGCUCCAGAGCUCUGAGAAAGCUGAGUGAAGGAUCUUGCAAUAGAACUCUUAUCUGGUUCACAUUCAUUGCAUAUAAAGGAAAAGGUUAUCAGAUCCUCCCAGGCCUGAAUUUCCUGCUGCUAUUCACAAAGAUGCUUUUUAUCUUUAACUUCUUGUUUUCCCCACUUCCGACUCCGGCACUGAUCUGCGUCCUGACCUUUGGAGCCGCCAUAUUCCUGUGGCUGAUUAACAGACCCCGGCCCGUGUUGCCUGUUGUUGAUCUGAACAAGCAAUCGGUGGGACUCGAGGGAGGAGCACGGAGAGGUCCUUGCCAGGACAAUGACCUAAUACGUUACUACUUCUCAGAUGCCAAGACGAUGUAUGAAGUUUUCCAAAGAGGACUUGCUGUGUCUGACAAUGGGCCUUGCUUGGGAUAUAGAAAACGAAACCAGCCCUACAGAUGGCUGUCCUACAAACAGGUGUCUGAUCGAGCAGAGUACCUGGGCUCCUGUCUCUUGCAGAAAGGAUAUAAGCAAUCACAAGAACACUUUGUUGGCAUCUUUGCUCAGAAUAGGCCAGAGUGGGUCAUCUCUGAGUUUGCUUGUUACACAUACUCCAUGGUAGCUGUCCCCCUGUAUGACACCUUGGGAGAAGACGCCGUCAUAUACAUUAUCAACAAGGCUGAGAUCGCCACGGUGAUCUGUGACACGCCCCAAAAGGCAUUGGCCCUGAUUAAGAAUGUGGAAAAAGGCCUCACCCCGGGCCUGAAAUUGAUCAUCCUCAUGGAUCCCUUUGAGGACGACCUGAAGAAGAGAGGGGAGAAAUGCGGAGUUGAGAUCUUAUCACUGCUUGAUGCUGAGAAUCUAGGCAAAGAGAACCUCAAAAAACCCGUGCCUCCUGCACCAGAAGAUCUGAGCAUCAUUUGCUUCACCAGUGGGACCACAGGUGACCCCAAAGGAGCCAUGUUAACCCAUGAAAAUAUCGUUUCAAAUGCUGCUGCUUUUCUCAAAUGUGUGGAGCAUACUUUUGAGCCCAGUUCUGAGGACGUGACCAUAUCCUACCUCCCCUUGGCUCAUAUGUUUGAGAGGGUUGUACAGGCUGUUGUGUACUCUUGUGGAGCCAGAGUUGGAUUCUUCCAAGGAGAUAUUCGGCUGCUGCCUGAUGACAUGAAGACCCUGAAGCCCACAGUCUUUCCCGCGGUUCCCCGACUCCUUAACAGGGUCUAUGAUAAGGUACAAAAUGAAGCCAAGACACCCUUGAAGAAGUUCUUGUUGAACUUGGCUGUCGCCUGUAAAUUCAGUGAAGUGAAAAAGGGUAUCAUCAGACGCAACAGUGUCUGGGACAAGCUCGUCUUUGCAAAGAUCCAGGAAAGCCUGGGCGGGAAGGUUCGUUUCAUGGUCACCGGAGCUGCCCCCAUCUCCUCUCCUGUCUUGACGUUCCUCCGGGCAGCAAUGGGAUGUCCGGUAUAUGAAGCUUACGGUCAAACAGAAUGCACUGCUGGCUGUACAAUUACCUCACCUGGGGACUGGAAAUCAGGCCACGUUGGAGUCCCCAUCGCUUGCAAUCAUGUGAAGCUGGAAGAUGUGGCUGAUAUGAACUACUUUGCAGUGAACAACGAAGGACAGAUCUGCAUCAAGGGCACCAAUGUGUUCAAGGGAUACCUGAAGGACCCUGAGAAGACAGAGGAAGCCUUGGACAAGGAUGGUUGGCUUCACACAGGAGACAUUGGCCGCUGGCUCCCGAAUGGAACUCUGAAGGUCAUCGACCGAAAAAAGAACAUUUUCAAGCUGGCCCAAGGAGAAUACAUUGCUCCAGAGAAGAUAGAAGAUAUCUACAUCAGGAGUAGACUGGUGUUGCAAAUUUUUGUACAUGGGGAAAGCUUAUGGUCAUUCCUGGUGGGAGUGGUGGUUCCUGACCCAGAUGUGCUUCCCUCAUUUGCAGCCAAACUUGGGGUGAAGGGCUCGUUUGCAGAACUGUGCCGAAACCAAGUUAUAAAGGAAAGCAUUUUACAAGACUUGCAGAAAACUGGGACAGAAGGUGGCCUUAAAUCCUUUGAACAGGUCAAACACAUCUAUCUUCAUCCAGAGCCAUUUUCCAUUGAAAACGGGCUCCUGACACCAACCUUGAAAGCAAAGAGGGGAGAGCUUGCCAAAUACUUUCGGACUCAAAUCAACAGUCUGUACGAGAAAACCCAGGAGUAGGUUAAGUUUGCUGCUGAGCUGGAAGCUGUGGGGGAAGGAGCUGAAACUCACGUCAAGUGCAUUUUUCCAGUAAAUGAAGCAAGCACUGAGUAACAACCUCCUGAACUGGGAAUGAAGACCUAUGGGCAAGCAUGAAGCCUGCACAGCAGGCUUACCUUCUGGGAAGGAAGUGACUGAUCUUUCCUCCCCUGACUCAGUUCCUGCUGUACCUUACACCCCUUCAACACGUGCUGCUUCCAUUUGGAAAUGUUCAGCAUUCAGAAUAAACCACUGCAGAUAGCUUAAGCUGUGGUGUGUGUUUCCCCACAGACUGUGACGAGAACCAGCCUCAGACAGGACCCCUUAACAAUCAUGUAAGCUAGUGGCUCUCACACUUGGCUACACACUAGAAUUACCUGGGAGUUUAAAAAGAUAUUGAGGCCUGCGUGACACUUAAGGGAUUCUGAUUAACAUGGGCAGGGGUACAGCCUGGGCAUCAGGAUUUUUAAAAGGUCCCCAGGUGAUUCUAGAAUGCCACCAGGUUUGAUAGCUACGUUGAAGACCAGGCCUUCUUAUC